AUGUCAAAUAUCCACAGACUUUCAGAUUUACCUCCUCAAAGAGAAGUCAGAAGCCAGAGUGGCAGAAGCUUUAACAAUGAGCCAGGACUUAGCCUGAGAUUUAUUGAUCUGUUUUUUCCGGGAAUUACCUGGAAACACAGUAUUAUUUGGAUAAGUCUCGUUCAAUUUAUUGUAUACGUGGCUACCUGUAUAGUGGGGUCUUAUGCAUUAUCUCCAUACGUGACAACAUUGAUAAAGUUCCAAGCUAGUGUUCCCUCAUUAGUCAAGGAGGGUCAAGUGUGGAGAAUUCUUAUAAGUCUUUUUUUGCAUGCCUCAAUAUGGCACAUCGUUUUCAAUAUAAUCUUCCAGCUAAGACUUUCACUAUCAUGCGAAGCAAAAUAUGGAAGAAUACUCAACUUUAUGAUUUACUUUGUUUCAGGGAUGCUCGGAAAUAUUUUUUCUGCAGCAAUUCGAAGUAGCUGCGUAGUGGCAGUGGGCGCUUCCACAUCAGGAUUUGGAUUAAUCGGAGCACAACUUGCAGAACUUAUUUUAUUUUGGCAUACCCUGCAAAACAAAGAACAAGUAGUCAUAAAUAUACUCCUUUUUGGAAUUCUUAUGAUCUUGAUUACUUGGGGUAACCCAUCAUCUGCUAUUGACCAUUGGGGACAUAUUGGAGGGUUUGUUUCUGGUACUUGUCUUGGAAUUAUAUGCAACUAUAGGUCAGAUUUAAAACCAAAAUGGUAUCAAGCUGCUUUUGGAGUUUCUAUCACUUUAAUUUCAUGCACUUUAAUUGGCCCAAUUAUCAGAAUAUGGGCAUUUGAGCUUACCCCAUGUGUAGUUUUUCCAGAGAAACUUAUGAAUCCUUAA